CGCCUCUAUACACGAACUUCCGGUCUAUGGAGCUCUGGGCCACAGAGAUGACGGGAGUGGUGUUCUAGAGAGGUUGCUACCCGAGUGGAGGGGAACAUAGGCUUCCGUUCAGCGAAAAAGCAAGAUGGCUACGGUUGGGGGCGGCUAUGAGGCAGUCCGGGGAAGUCAGGGUCUUCUACGCCUUCUGUCUUUCUGCGUCUUAUUGGCAGGUUUGUGCAGAGGAAAUUCAGUGGAGAGGAAGAUCUACAUCCCCUUAAAUAAAACAGCUCCAUGUGUCCGUCUGCUUAAUGCCACUCAUCAGAUUGGCUGCCAGUCUUCCAUUAGUGGGGACACAGGGGUUAUCCAUGUAGUGGAGAAAGAAGAAGACUUGCAAUGGGUGUUGACUGAUGGCCCCAACCCACCUUACAUGGUUCUGCUGGAGGGCAAGCUCUUUACCAGGACUCUGAUGGAGAAGCUAAAGGGGAGAACCGGGCGAAUUGCUGGUCUUGCAGUAUCCUUGGCUAAGCCCAGUCCCCCCGCAGGCUUCUCUCCGAGUGUGCAGUGCCCCAAUGAUGGGUUUGGUAUUUAUUCCAACUCCUAUGGGCCAGAGUUUGCUCACUGUAAAGCUGUACCAUGGAAUCCUCUGGGUGAUGGCUUGGCAUAUGAAGACUUUAAUUUCCCCAUCUUUCUGCUUGAAGAUGAAAAUGAAACCAAUGUCAUCAAGCAGUGCUAUCGAGAUCACAACUUGAGUCAGAAUGGCUCAGCACCAGCCUUCCCACUGUGUGCCAUGCAGCUUUUCUCACACAUGCAUGCUGUCAUCAGCACUGUCACCUGUAUGCGACGCAGCUCCAUCCAGAGCACCUUUAGCAUCAACCCAGAGAUUGUCUGUGACCCCCUGUCCAACUACAACGUAUGGAGCAUGCUUAAGCCUAUAAAUACAUCUGGGACAUUAGAGCCUGAUGACAGGGUUGUGGUUGCUGCCACCCGGCUGGACAGCCGUUCCUUUUUUUGGAAUGUGGCCCCAGGGGCUGAAAGUGCUGUUGCCUCCUUCGUCACCCAGCUGGCUGCAGCUGAAGCUUUGCAAAAGGCACCAAAUGUGACUUCCCUGCCCCGGAAUGUCAUGUUCGUCUUUUUCCAAGGGGAAACUUUUGACUACAUUGGCAGCUCAAGAAUGGUGUAUGAUAUGGAGAAGGGCAAGUUUCCUGUGAAGUUAGAGAACAUUGACUCAUUCGUGGAACUGGGACAGGUGGCCUUAAGGACUUCAUUAGAGCUCUGGAUGCACACAGACCCCAUGUCUCAGAAAAACGUGUCUGUAAGGGACCAGGUGGAGCACCUCCUGACCACACUGGAGAGCAGUGGUGCUGGAGUCCCUGCUGUUGUCCUCAAGAGGUUGAACCAGUCCCAGCCUCUCCCACCAUCGUCUCUGCAGCGAUUCCUUAGAGCUCAAAACAUCUCUGGUGUGGUUCUUGCUGAUCACUCUGCUGCCUUUCAUAACCACUAUUACCAGAGCAUUUACGACACUGCUGAGAACAUUAAUGUGAGCUACCCUGACUGGCUGAGCCCUGAAGAGUACCUGAACUUUGUGACAGACACUGCCAAGGCCCUGGCAGAUGUGGCCACGGUGCUGGGACGUGCACUAUACAAACUUGCAGGAGGAACUGCCUUCAUUGACACAGUUCAAGCUGAUCCCCAAACGGUUACCCGCCUGCUCUAUGGGUUCCUCAUUAGAGCCAACAACUCCUGGUUCCAGUCUAUCAUCAGGCAGGACCUGAAGCCCUACUUAGGUGAUGGGCCUCUUCAACAUUACAUCGCUGUCUCCAGCCCCACCAACACCACUUAUGUAGUACAGUAUGCGUUGGCAAAUUUGACUGGCACAGUGAUCAACCUUACCCGAGAACAAUGCCAGGAUCCAAGUAAAGUCCAAACUGAAAACAAGGAUCUGUAUGACUAUUCAUGGGUUCAGGGCCCUUUGAAUUCCAAUGAGACUGACCGGCUUCCCCAGUGUGUGCGUUCCACGGCACGACUGGCCAGGGCUUUGUCACCUGCCUUUGAAUUGAGGCAGUGGAGCUCUACUGAAUACUCUACAUGGACCGAGAGCCGCUGGAAAGAUAUCCGUGCCCGGAUAUUCCUGAUAGCCAGUAAAGAACUUGAGUUUAUCACCCUGAUGGUGGGCUUCGGCAUCCUCAUCUUCUCUCUCAUCGUUACCUACUGCAUCAAUGCCAAAGCUGAUGUCCUUUUCAUUACUCCCCGGGAGCCAGGAGCUGUGUCUUACUGAGGAGGACCCCAGCUUUUCUGGCCAGCUGUACAGUUCACAUCCUAUAUUAUUUGUCCUACUGGGACAUAAGCCACUAGUCUGUCACUGGAACUUCUCUGGGCCUGGCUCAGAUUGAGAUUGACAUAAAGGAAUAGAACUGUCCAAAAAAGAUAAACACGUCCUCUCCCCUAUACCUCCCCCUCCCCAUCUCCUUUAUUUCUUUCCUGCCCCUGCCAGAUUCUAGGACUACAAAUAGAAGCUUCUUGCUCUUUUUUACUCCCUAGGUGCCCCUAACUUAACCUUUUUGCAGGAUCCCUCUUCUGUUCUUUCCAUCCUGCUGUACUGUCCUCUGUUCCUCGCCCCAUUUCCUGCACCCAACCACCUUCUAUCCAGGAAGAAGGGCAUGAACGGUUGAAUGCCAGGAUCAUUGUAUCAAACUACAAGGAACCUCUGAGGAAGACAGGGGUGCUCUCUAGGUUGAGCCUGACAUCUCCCUGUCACCCUUCCUCCAGGCCCUCAGGUGGCACAUUAGGGUGGGCAUGCUGCUGGGUGGGUAUCCCACCUCCAGCCCACAGUGGUCAGUUGUACUUUUUAUUAAGCUGUAAUAUCUAUUUUUUGUUGUUUCCUUGUUUUCCUUUUUGUAAAUAUAUAAAUAACAAGUUCCCAUUAAAAUAUAUUGUCCCAUAC